AUGGUCACUACGGGUAGAAUUGUAAUUGGAUACCCCAAAUCCCCCACCGCCUCCUCCCGCCGCGCACUCGGCCCCCUUCGCCGUGCCUUGCCGCGUCGCCCUCGCCCUUUGCCCCGACACCGCCUCCGCCACGCCGCGCUGCCCUCGCCCGCGUCCUUGCCGGCGUUCCCGGCCGCGGUGUUCGACGUGCCAGUGCUGGGGAGGCUGGUGCUGCGGGUGCCGGCGCUGUUCUGUGGGCUGGCGCGGCUGUGCUGCACGCAGGGGUUAGAGGGCGAGGAGGCCGAGGCCCACCGGGCGGCGAUGCAGGAGGAGGGGAAGACACAUGGGGUGAUUGAGGCUUGGAAGGCGAUGAAUCACAGCUUUCAGCUGGGGAAAUGGAGGGGUUCUUCAGACGAGGUGAGGCGGCUGCCGAAGAUGGUGCUGUGGUCAGGUUCUUGGUCAGAUAUGUGGAUUGAUGAGGGGAAGAAGGUGGCUGCUGCAUUGCCGGAUGCCAAAUUUGUCUACCAUUCUGGCGGCCGAUGGCCUCAGGAGGAUGCCUCUGCGGAAAUAUCAGGGCUGAUAGUAGAGUUUGUGACCUCUUCUGAAGAAGCAUCUGAUGGUCGAAUUGAGUAGCCAGCUUGUUAUAUGACAUCCUAUGAGUUCACCGCCAUGGUCAAGGAUCAAGAUCUUGGAUUUGAAAAUGCCUUAUGUGCAUACAUAUGGCUCAUUCAAACAAGGAGAUGGCUCUGCCUCGGACAAUUUGGUAGCCCCUGCUGCUAGCAUGAAACACUUACCUAAGUGCAGACAUCAUGUUCAUGUACGAUAUCUUAAGGGAUAGUUUAACAGAUGCAGCCAUAGAACUCUUGUGUUCAUCUUGAAGUUGAUGCAGUGAUGAGUAUUAUUAGUUAAGUCUUUUUGUCAGAAGAGUUUCUGCUUGUGGCAUCUGUACUGAGUUUUGACUUGUACUGGUGUACUUUUUGUUGUC